AACGAUGGGUUUUGUCUAAAGAGCCUGAAAUCAAAGAGCCGCAAACUGCCUCCACGUUUUUGAUUGGCUGUACUAUAUGACGUCAGAAUACGUCAUGUUUGCGAGGAAAAAUCGUACAGUUCGCUAGCUGUCUGCUAGAUAAGAAGGUUGCGAGGUUAUUUUACAUUAAAUCUUUUGAAACAUGUUUCUAAUUAUUUGUAGUUAUGUUGCGGUGUUUAAAUAUUGAUUUGCAUCAUGGUACGAGUAUGUAGUGCAAAUAAUUGUUCAAAUAAGUAUAGUACUGGGAUAAAGUUCAGGAGGUGCCCUUGUAUUCCUCAUCUGCGGCAACAAUGGUUAGAAAAAUUAAACAGAAGUACUAUGGGAAAUGAAUUUUAUCUUUCUGAGGAACAUUUCAGCAGAGAAGAUUUACAAACAAAUACUCGAAGCCUUAUUCCUAUAAUUUUUUGCAACUGCUCAAAUACUUGUAGGUCACAAUCUUGCAACAGCUUGUCACAAUCUUGCAACAGCUAUUCUGAAGAGAUUCAUUCAAAUGCGACUAAAAAUUUUCACUGGUCAUGAAGAACGAAAAGAAUCCGGUUCAGAAUUUGGUAGUUUCAGCAUGGGCUCGCGUUUGUUAGGCAAAAGCAUGAA